UACAGAGGAAGUGGCAUUAUACCCUGCAGCAAAUUCUUUAAGAUAAGCUGUUCAUUUUUGCAUUCAAGUCUGAAUUAAAGAGUAGUUUCUUAAAAUGGAAACGUCUGAGUAUAAAGGAACAAUAUAUCACAACACUACUUGCAGCACAGUCUCCCUCAGAUUUUUCGGUGAAGAUGGAGACAGUAAACGUAUCAAGAUUUUGGGAAGUUGGUCAUUUCUUCGUAGAAGGGAGACCAAGUUUACAUUGACUUGCCCCAGUUCUCUUGGUAAACUGGUGCUGGUUGAAAUUGAGAAAGUGAUAAGUCCACGCAGUCUGUGGUUUGUUGAAAAAGUUGUAAUUCAGUGCCCAGAAGAUGUAACCUACACAUUCCCCAUCUACAACUGGAUUGAGGAUGAUGAAGUUCACUGGUUUAGAGAGGGGACAGCCAUGAACAAUGCUGGUGAUCAAAAUCUUCUGGCUAGACACGCAAGAAAGAGGGAGUUAAGCACUAGAAAAAAAUUAUACUGCUGGGAUCUGUACAAAGACGGUUUACCUCACUGCAUCAAAGUAGACAGGGUCCACACUUUGCCCUGUGAAGUCAGGUUCUCCUUCACAAAGGAAAUGGAGUUUGAUUCAUCAGUUAUUAAAGGCCUGGCAGAAAUAAAUGUGACCAGUUUUUCAGUUUGCAAGUUGAACUGGUCCAGCUUUAAUAGCAUUGAAAGCAUUCAGUAUCACGAAACAACCACAUCAGGAUACAUACGACGGCACUGGAAGGAUGACGCUUGCUUUGGUGCCCAGUUUCUGAAUGGAGUGAACCCUAUGUUGAUCCGGCGCUGCACCUGUCUGCCCAAGAACUUCCCUGUCACUGAGGACAUGGUCUAUGCCCAUGGUGGUGUUUACCUGACAGAGGAGAUGAAGAAAGGAAAUAUUUUCCUGUGUGACUACAAGAUCCUGGAUGGAGUAAGCACCAACUUUAUCAAUGGGAAAAAACAGUAUUUAGCAGCUCCUCUUGUUCUUCUUCACAAAACUCCUGAUGACGAGCUAAAGCCUAUCGCCAUUCAGCUCAAACAGACUCCAUCAAAAGACAACCCCAUCUUUUUCCCCACUGACUCAGAGUACGACUGGUUACUGGCCAAGACCUUUGUGAGAAGUGCAGAUUUUCAUGACCAUGAGCUGAACGUGCACCUGCUGCGCACUCACCUGCUCGCUGAAGUCUUCACUGUGGCUUUACUGAGGAACGUGUCCAGUGUCCAUCCUCUGUACAAGCUUCUUAUGCCUCACACUCGAUACACUCUGCAAAUCAACAUACUGGCCAGACAAACACUGAUAUCACCAGAUGGGUUUUUUGCAAAGCAUGCGGCAUCUGGAAGAGAGGGUAUGUUCACCAUCUUGGACCGGGCCAUGUCCUCCCUGACCUACAGCUCCCUCUGUUUACCUGACAACAUCGCGGAGAGAGGGAUGGAGUCUGUGCCCAACUACUACUACAGAGACGAUGGACUCAGGCUUUGGGAAAUCAUACACAGCUUUGUUACAGGGAUGCUAAGCUGCUACUAUAAAAGCAACAAAAGCAUACAAGAAGACGAAGAACUGCAGAAGUGGAUCCAGAGCAUCUGUGAACACUGUCCUAUGUCCCGGCACAAGGGAUUCCCACAAAGUUUCGGCACGAUGGAUGAACUGGUCAAGUUUGUCACCAUGGUUAUAUUUACAUGUUCGGCUCAGCAUGCGGCUGUUAGCAACUCUCAAUUUGACUUUGGUGGCUGGAUGCCCAACACUCCCUGCACCUUACAGCUCCCGCCCCCGACCGAGAAGGGCAAAACGACUGAAGAGACUCUGCUCAAGACCCUCCCAAAUGUCAACAGCACUGCUAACGAAAUGGCUAUUCUGUAUAUACUGAGCAAUCAAUCAAAAGACUUUGUGCGUCUGGGCACGUAUCCAAACGACUAUUUCUGUGAAGAUGCUCCACUGGAUGUGAUGCGCACUUUCCUGGAUUGUCUUAACAAUUUACAUGAUAAAAUUGAAGAGAGAAACAACUUAUUGGGACAUAAACUCCAAUACGGAUAUUUAGACCCACAUAAAGUGGAGAAUAGCAUAUCGCUUUGAGACACACUUUGAGGUAGUCAUAAAAAAUAAGAUUCAUGUUUAGUGAUUAUCCUAGAAAUUCCAAGCAAACGUGUAGCUCACAUAAUUAUGUCACAAAUGAUCAUGCUCUGUGAUUCAUUGUUAAAGAGGAUAUAUUAUGUACAAAUUAAUUUGAUGAUUUUUAUGUUUUUCACCUGUCCCCAUAUACCUGCCCACUGUUCUAUCCUUAAUUGAAAAUAAAUAAAUAAAUCAGAAAAUUUCAGGGUUCAGAAAUGUCACAAAGCCAUUUAUCAAAAUCUUGUUAUUGAAAAUCCACUGCUUGAUAGAGUGAAAUUUCAGAAUGAAGUGUGGCCUGUCACUGCACAGUCACAUUGAUAUUUCUGAUAUUUACAUUUUACUGUAAAACAUAUUAAAGAUGAAUGCUUUUGUGCGCCCUCUUGUGGUGAUUGGUGAAACAGAAGGUUGAGUAAAAUAGUCACAUAAAUGGUCACUUUUCCACCUUUAAGACUCUCACAAUGCUUUACAUGAAUCAACAACUCACACAAUCACACAACAGUGUACACAGAUACUCAGGGUGACGUAGGUUAAGUGUCUUGCCCCAGUACACAACAACAGUAUUCAUCAGGAAUCGC